UUUAUUUUUAAACGUUCUAAUUAACAAACCGUCAUCUAAUCAGGAAUGGAGGUAAGCGGAAAGAAAAACAACAAAACAAAAUAUGAAGCCUCGAUGAUUUUGAGUGGUGUUGGAGAUGCACUCGGAUUUAAAAACGGACAAUGGGAAAUGUGCCGUGAUGGACAACAUAUAUUGCAGGAAUUGGAAGCGAUGGGAGGUCUGCAAAAUCUGCAAAUUAAACCGCCCCAAUGGCUGAUUAGUGACGACACUCUUUUACAUAUUGCUACAUGUAAAGCUCUAUUGGCACAAGGACCAAACCCUGUUCUUGGAAAGCUUCUUCGCCAAAUGGCAAUCGAAUAUAAGACAACUAUGUCGGAUAUGUUGGACACACCUGAUCGAAUUCCAGGUAAAACAUGCAAAGUGUCAUGUGAAAGCUUGGAUCCAUGGUCCAAGAAGCCAGUACUCUUCAAUCCAAACGGCGGAGGAAGUGGCGCCGCCAUGAGGGCGAUGUGCAUUGGGCUGCGGUUUCCAAAACCCGAACAGCUGGAAGAUUUGUUGACAAUAAGCAUUGAGUCUGGGAGGUUGACGCACCACCAUCCUACUGGAUAUCUCGGAUCUCUCGCGUCAGCACUCUUUACCUCAUAUGCCAUACAGGCUAAACCUCUACGAGAUUGGGGUGCCGGGCUUCUUAAUGUGCUGCCACGCGCAAAAGAGUAUGUCAAGGCAUCAAACCAGUACACGCAAGAAAACAUGCAGGCUUGGGUGUAUUUUGAAAGCAGGUGGAAAGAAUACCUCGGUGCAAGAGGGAUCUUAGAUAAUAAGAAUGAACCAAAUUUCCCAGAAAAUUACGAUGUAAACAAGCGUGACAGUUUCUAUGCCUACCUAAGCUACGAUGGCGUUGGCGGAAGUAGCGGUCACGACGCGCCAAUGAUUGCAUACGAUGCCUUGCUAGGAUGCAGCGGUAAGUGGGCGGAGCUGUGUUACCGAGCGAUGCUUCACGGUGGUGACAGCGAUACCACAGGGGCGAUUGCUGGAGCUCUAUUUGGAGCAUUGUAUGGCUUUUCGGGAGUUCCAGAAAAUCACUACUCUGGUCUAGAGCAAAAGGAUGAACUGUUCGAAUUAGCAAACCAGUUAUACACGUUGUCAGAUAGAGAUAGUUCCUAAGCGCUUAGUACACAUCGUGUAUACAUUUGUUUAUGUACUAAGUAUACAUAUAUCUUAUGUAUUUGAUGCAGGCAAUUUCAUGCAAUUUCUCAUCUACUCUAUUGUGCAUUCCUACUCAUACUGAUGUGACAUGGCAAAGACUUACAGGUAUACAUGUAUGUAUGUACGAAUGUGUGUGAUUGACCCCACUUCCCCGAUAAGUUUAACGGUGUAUUAAACUUUUACAUGUAUUUAAUUAUUUAAAAAUACAAAACAAAUAAUAUUUUCGGCAAACGACUUGUUUAUAGAACUUUGGAGGGAAAAAUUAUAUUUAUCAAAUUUAAAUGUGGGCAUUGCAAUGUCUUAAAAACACUGUCCAUACGCUCAGAAAUAAGUGACCUAUAAAUAAAAUAGAGUUGUCUUUAUCAAUUUGAAUUGACGUCUACUUUUGAUUUUGAAUAUAUUAAAGGGGCCUUUUCACAGAUUUUGGCAUGCAUUGAAGUAUUUCCUUAAAUGCUUUAUAUUGAUAAAUGUAAACAUUGGAUCUUAAAAGCUCCAGUGAAAAACAAGAAUGAAAUUUAUGAAAGAAAAAUAAAUAUCUCAAAACUGGGAUCGAACCACUGACCCCUGGAAUAACAGUCUAUCGCUUAGACCACUCGGCCAUGCGCGCUUACACAAUGUGGGAUGAAUUUUAUACUUUAUAUCUCUCCAAAUUAUUAAAUCACUCGCGUUGCAACGCUUUAUAAUUUUCCGGUUUUUAAAUCGUCAAAAGAUGCAUAUAAUGGAUAUUUUAGAGCAUGUUAAAGGUUCAGUAUUACUAUUUCCUCACAAAUAUCAUAAAAACAACGAAAAUUUGCGAUUCUGAAACCAUGUGUUUUAAUUUUGUCAAUUUACCGAAACGUGAAAAGGCCCCUUUAAGUGCAUCAAUAAAUACAAUUCUUGAUUCUUAAAAUUAAAACGAUACCAUUUAAUCGACCUUGCAAUGAAUUUUCUGUAUGACGAGACAGUGCUUUAUUGACUAUUUUCUCUUUUAACGGCCUUAUCAAGUAUUGUCUCACUGUUUGAUUCCAUGUCAUGGUCAUUUGUGCAACAAAGUAUUGUCCCACACGUUUAUACUUUUCGUAUACGUAUUUAAUUUAUCACAUGACAGUUAGGAUUUUGAAUACCAAUCAGAAAUAAUCGUUUUGAAAUAUUACAAUUAACACGAUAGAGAAAAAUAAACUGCUGAUCUUUAUAGUUCAUCUACAAUAAUAUAAGUUAUGACAACAAGCGUGUGUGUCUUUAAUGUUGAAGUUUGAAACCAUCCACCUGUCGAUGUAAAGAAUCCUCGCGACACGUGAUGUUUAAAGUGGCAUGACCGGAAUCCCAACAUAACAAUAUAAUAUAGCGUAUACAUGGUCGCGUUCUAUAAAUGAUUUCCUAACCAAACUUCUCCUGAAUGAAAUUUUUCUGAAAACGGGUGCAAAAGGAAGUCUGAUAGUAUUAUUAAUAGCCUCGUAUUUUCCAUAUUAUUUUUAUAAAUAAAUUGUGUUCUAUAAAUAAUUUGGAUUUCCAUUGAUAUCUUUAACCCUCUGUGCAUAUUUACCCAACUAUUGAACAUUGUGUUUUCUAGAAAUAAAGGCUGUGAUCCAUUA